AUGGACGAAGAAGAUCUGAUCGAUUUUUACGGCGAGCUGGCCCAGUUGGCUGAGCCUUACCAAGAUCUUCCAUUCGAAGAAGUGGAACUGGACGAGUUACUAGAAGGCCGGUCGGAUGUCCCCAAGAGGACCCCGUAUAACCCGUACUUCCAUGAUAUAACAUUCAGAGGCGUGAUUCUGAGUCAAACAUACAGAGGGGUGUGGAAAAGUGCUUUCCGUCUGUACGACGAUUUGCCAACUUGCCCCGAAGAUGUAUCAGAGCCACAAUGGUCAUCUUUAUUAUUCGGUCCAGACACUUGUGAUUUAGUAGUGCAUGGUCUGUGGCUAUUUGUGCUUAACCUCUCUUUCGGUCAGAGCACUCACGUGGGGAAUCGACGCGACAUGUUCUACAUCGUGCCAGACGAUCCCGACGACAAGCUUUUCAUUGUUUGGUCACUCGUUCCAAAAUCAUUCCGUCACGGAAGCACAACCUAUUUUACUGACAACCCGGCGCUUGUUGAACACAUGGAGGGACGCUAUGCUCGAUAUUUGAGAAAGGAUGUAAAGGCAAAAGUCGACGAGGUCAAGGGGUUUCUGGCCGACAUCGACGCAGAGGUACCAGGCGCUACCGAAAGCUAUCAAACUUUCUUAAUUGACACUGCAGAAAAAUGUGAAAAGAAUAACAUUAGUGCGCGAGGAGCCAACACAUGGGCGCAAGGCGUUUAUGCUGAUAUUUCCUGUGACCAGGAGCACUUACAACGGGAAUCACCAAAGAGAUGCCUGACCCGACUUGUGAACACUGGACAUGAUUUACGUGAUACAAUUGCUGCUGAACGGCUUGUCCUUUUCUACCGUGAAAUCAAGCCCGAUAUUGAAUCGAUGGUGUACAGAAAGAAAAUGAAGAGGUUGUCUUGGGAACGUCAAAAUCUCGUCAGGUCAUAUUAUACGGAGUAUCGCAUGACGCUGAAGCCAGAACAGUGGGCAUAUGUCCCACCUCUUCACCAAAUUUCUAGAGACAGUCUAUUCAGUGAUUUCCUCUCCUCCGAAGCUGAUCCUAUGGCUGAGCUUUCGAGGGAAACCGCGUUAGCUCGUUUUCCUCGGCUUAUAUCAGAGUUCAUGGACUCACAGAUCGCACGUCUGGCUUCACUGCUGCCCGAAGAGACUGAAUACGUCAUCGCCCCCGUUUUCUUUUGCAGACUUUGCCAUAUGAAUCUACGGUUUAACUCGGUCGGCUACUCUGCUCAUGCCCCAUGUCGUCUGUACGAGGCGUUCGAGGUCGGAAAGCACUUAAGUGGACGGAAUGUAUUGACACAUGCAACGAUGGAAUCAGUAUACUUUUGGCAGCUUCUUACACCAGAAGCGACACAGUUUGUCAAAGAGCAUGAGCCCCUCUUUCCCCCUGCCGAGGCAACCGCCUGGGGCUGCAACCACUGCCCAGAACACUUUGAGAAGAGUGUUUCCCUUUCAUGUGCGAAGUCUCACGUCAAAGAAAUUCACAACAUGGAGUGGCCAGUCAUAGGCAAAGAUGUCAUCGCGUACAAGCACCAGUUCCACCUCCAGCCGCGGGGAUAUGCUUCUUGGAGGCCAUUCCACUACGCACUGGAACCGCCUUGCCAGUUCAUGUGCAAAAUGUGUCCGAAGCGACCUGUUUACCAGUUGUGGUCGAUGCAGGAUUUGAUACCACAUCUGUGGAGGAAUAAUAUGAUUUUCGGUUUCCGAUCCAGCUCUUGGCCCCUUUUCUCGGCUAGUUUGACUCUGGCAGCUGCUUGCUGCUUCGGACUUCAUCUGUUCCGUUCUCGCUCCACUGUCCAGUUGCGCAAGUACGAUCCUGUUAACAAGGAGGGAACAUCGGGUUACCUAGACUCGAAACCAUCACCCUUGAGAGUCUCGAACCCUUCUCGUAGAGGAGCCACUCGCCUAGCAGGUUUCACUGGCUUGUUGGAGGCCGACGGUGGAAAGUUGACGUUGACGCGGAGGCGACGGCGGUCUGUGGCCGCGCAAACCGCGGGCACGGUUGGAAAGCGAGUCUGA